GACAGCGAGGCAAAGCGCAGGCGCAUUUCUGGGAAGCAACAGGGAGCUGGCCAGCAGAGCGGGCAGCCCGCGGACGGCCAGGGCAACGCGGGCACCGAUGCCGCCGCUGCCCCGCAGGAGCUGGGCAAGCGCAAGAAGAGGGGAGGAGCGGGCACCGCUGCCGAGAGCGGCGGUGGUAAGACGGCCGCAGCCGCCGCCGCGGAGGAGGAGAAGGCCAAGAAGAAGGCCGAUAAGGAGAAGCAGAAGGCCGAGCGGGAAAGGCAGAAGGCUGAGAAGGAGAGGCAGAAGGCUGAGGAGGCUGCCAAGAAGGCCCAAGACCCAGUCGAGCGUGAGAAGAUGGCGGUGGCCUCCGCAAAGAAGACCCUGUUUCAGUACAGCCAGCUCGUGCAGCAGGCCCGCCAGAUCAUCGCGUCGACCGAGGCCGGCGGCCUGUGGGCGAGCUUCAAGGCCGACGAGGACCUGAUCGCCCUGAAGCAGAAGAUGGACGAGCUGCCCGCGAAGGUCAUGGACAACAGCCUGCUCUCCAAGUGCACCAUGACCGAGCUCACCAAGAUCAAGAGCGUCGUCGGCGAGAAGCACUGGGAGGCCGCCUUGUUGGCCGUCAACGGUAUGGGCCAGGCCUUGAACUCCAUCCAGGGGAACCUGAAGGUUCUGAUGGCCUCCUUCGAGCUCAAGCAGCAGCGCGCGGCCAGCGAGAAGGUCGCGCAGGCUGCGGAGGCGUAG